UGCACCUGGAAGACAGGAGUGUUCCACGGGUUUACCCAGAAAAUACCGAGAAAUAAGACGAGUGGUAUUGGCCUAUUAUGUAACAGGUGAAUCUUCAAAACAACCAGAUUUCUGGUUCAAUCGGAUCAGUGAGUGUGUUAUCAAUAAAGAAGAUAUCUGUACGGCAGAGACAUUUACAGCAGAUCCAGGUACAGGUUGGAGACGGUAGCGCGCAAUGGUGAUAGAAGACGCGCGCAGCUUUACGCACUGACCUAAAGGUGUUUAAAACCAGUCAGUCACCAAAGCAACCCCAGUCAUGUUUCCUUUACCGAUGUUCACACCUGACCAGGUGGCUCGUGUGUGUGAGAAUUUGGAGGAGACCGGAGAUAUCGAGCGCUUGGGGCGCUUCCUAUGGUCCCUGCCCGCGGCUGUUCCCGGUUCUGCAGGUGAACUUCUCAACCGCCACGAGUCGGUAAUGCGAGCCCGAGCGCUCGUCGCUUUUCACGGAGGGAAUUUUGAGGCUCUCUACCAGAUCCUGCAGUCUCACCGCUUUACGCGAGAGUCUCACGCCAAACUGCAAGACCUGUGGCUGGACGCACACUAUCGCGAGGCGGAGCGCCUGAGGGGCAGGGCACUCGGCCCGGUGGAGAAGUACCGCAUACGUAAGAAGUUUCCCCUUCCCCGAACCAUCUGGGAUGGCGAGCAGAAGACUCACUGUUUCAAGGAGAGAACCCGUAGUCUCCUGAGGGAAUGGUACCUGCAGGAUCCCUAUCCAAACCCAUCUAGAAAACGGCAUCUGGCCCAGGCUACAGGUCUCACACCCACACAGGUGGGCAACUGGUUCAAAAACAGAAGACAGCGGGACAGAGCAGCAUCUGCUAAGAAUAGACUGCAGCAGGAUUCCUCCCUCCUUCCCUCAGGUUGUUCUUCAGAAUGUUCCUCAUCAGAGCACAACCCCCACCUUCACAAUUCCUCUCCGCGUCAUCCUGGCAGCCCAGACAACAGUGAUUGCAGCUCGGGUACAGGGCCGAGGGGAACCGGAGCCUCCACGCCAGACAUAUCAGUGAGCAGUGACAGCGAGUUUGAGUCGUGAAAAGCACCAUGAAAUGCCCUCCAGACAAUCACAAACGAUUUAAAGACAUAAAAACAAUUAACAGAUACUGUCUGACAAAUUCUGAGGGUACCUGGAUAUGGGAAUGAGGAAGAGGUUGAACUGUUAUGCUUUUUUUGUCAAAGCUUUUAUUGUAGAUGCACUUAAAAAAAUAACUGACCACAUCUGUGCCCCAAAGGGAACUUUCUAAAAGAAACACUUUUAGAUUUUUUACAACAGGCACAUUUGGGUUCUGGAGAUAAAACAAUCAUUAAAUCAUUUUCUUUGGGCACAUAUUAUGCCAUUUUUGCAAGAUGUAAUAUAAGUCUCAGGGGUGCCUAUGUGUCUGUGAAGUUUCAGCUCAAAAUUUCCCACAUAUCAUUUGUUAUAGCAUGUCCGAAAUACUGCUAUUUUUUAUGUGUGUACUUUUAAAUGCAAAUUAUUUACUACCCUACCAAAGACAGUGAGCGCUUUUGGUUAAAAUAGAUCUGAUUCAUGUGAAUACAGUCUGAUACGAUAGUAUGUUUAGCCCCAUUAGUGCUACGAUGUGCUAACAAACACAAUUAGAAAAGCUUUUUGGUAAACUUAACCAGUCAGUCAGUGGCUGUGGGUGGGGCUUUGUUUGUGUGACAUCACAUUUAUGAAAAGAAUCAAAACAGUAUGUCUAAUAAGACUGCUUUGGUUUAAUAGGGAUUAAAGAAGGAGACUGUGGAUUUUUUCAUUGUAGGGUUGUUGUGUUCACACACUGCCAACACACAUUUAUGUCCAAACACUUCGUAAAAGUAGAUUUUGCAUAAUGUGUGCCCUUAAAUGAUCCAUGGGUUUUUUUCUUUACCAAAGCAUGACGACAAUUAAGGGCUGAGGACUGAACCGUGCACUUGAACUUAAACAGGCUUCCAAAGGAAAAUCGUGUGCCAAAUAAAUCUUCUGGUUUAUUGGCUUUGACAAUCCAAAAAAUAAAUGCUUUUUGAAUGAAAAUAAUACUCAGGUUGAAUAAAAAUGAUGGACAUCUUUUAUAGGAGGGAUACUUUUCUCUAGUCAGGCCUUUUAUAGCACUAAAGAUAUCAUAUAAAGUUCCGAAGAGUUUCUUAUGAUUGUGAUUAAAAUGAAAGACUAUUCAUAAUUUCAUUUGAAAACCACAUUUACAUUGAAAAUGGAAUACAUUCCUUGCUGCUGUAUGGUUUUGUAGUUAAUGUUACAAAUUAUUAGAUAUUUUUGUGAGUAUAACAGAUGAAGUGACAAUUAAGAGGUGUUUUGGAAAAGUAAAGUUGUGCUGCUUAAAACAGUUCAGCACACUGUCCCCUGUACCCUAUAUAAAGAGAAUUCGUUUUUUACCAGAUAGUCAUUUAUGUGCCUAUACACUUUAAGGAUGAUGUCAAACUGUUAUAUGUUUGUCUAUUGUUUAAUUUUCCUGUCCAUAGUCAUCAAACUUGCAGGAAAGGGGAUUUCUUUCUUUCAUUUGUCUGCUGUUUGUGAUUUUUAAAUAAAUAAAAUUAUUAUAUAUGA